AUGACCAACUCAGAACAAGUAUUAGGCAUGGGUCUUGUUCUGGGUGAAAUGGAGUUUCGGCAGGAUAAUGACCCUUGUCGCACUGCACUAUCGAUUGCCAAUGCAGCUCAGAAACUCGGCAAAUCUCCAAUAGAGUUGUGUGAUUUAUAUGUAAAGGAGUUUCAGAGUUUGAAUAAGCAAUUGCAAGUCGAAGCAGAUCUUUUUUUAAGAACAACAGACUCCAAACACCAUAAAGUUGCGCAGUUGUUAUAUUUAAAAGCCAAAGAAAACGGCGAUAUUUAUUUGGACAACUAUAAUGGUUGGUAUAACGUUAAAGAAGAAACUUUUGUUACCGAACUUGAAGCAAAACUCACGAAUUUUAAGGACCCCGCUUCGGGCUCGCCGCUCAUUAAAAUGACUGAAGUUUCUUAUUUUUUUCGUUUAUCUAAAUAUCAGGCGCCUCUUAUCGAGCAUCUCAAAAAGUUUCCGUCCUUUAUUCAACCGGCUGUCCGCCGUGAAGAAAUAUUGAAGCGCCUCGAAGAGCCCUUAAAUGAUUUGUCCAUUACGCGGACGUCCUUCCAAUGGGGCGUCCCUGUACCUCACGAUCCCGAGCACGUGCUCUAUGUUUGGUUUGAUGCGCUGUCCAAUUAUCUGACAGGCCUUGAUUAUCCCGAUGGAGAUCUCUUUUCCUAUUGGCCAGCGAUUCAUGUUAUUGGCAAAGACAUUCUUUGGUUCCACGCAGUCAUAUGGCCGUCCAUACUCAUGUCUUGUGGCCUCACGCUCCCUUUGACUAUCUUUGCUCACGGAUUCGUGAAUGAUGCUAAUGGAGAAAAAAUGAGCAAAUCUAUUGGAAACGUCAUUGAUCCAUUUGAGAUGAUUAAAAAAUACGGAUCCGAUACUUUUCGGUUUUUUCUAUGCAAACAAGGCGUUUUUGGAAGCGAUCUGCCAUUUGACGAGGAGGCGCUUGUCCAUAUGCACAACGCGGAUUUGUCUAAUUCUCUAGGUAAUUUAGUUAAUCGUGGACUUUCCUUAUGCAACGGAUGUAUUCCAGACGCUCCUUCUGAAAUAAUAUUUUCACUUGAAGACUUGAGCAAAAUUGUAGAUGAUUAUAUUAAAAACUUUGAAAUUGAUAAAGCAGCGAAGGAAAUUCUCGCGGUUGUAGCACACGUCAAUAAAUAUCUUACAGUUCAUGAGCCUUGGAAAAUCAAAGAAGACGAGCUUCGAAGGAAUAUUAUUAUUAGAAGCGUUGUUGAAGCUAUAUAUGCUCUUACUCAUUUUUUAUAUCCUUUUAUUCCUCAGGGCUGCUCUACUGUAUUUGAGAAACUUGGCACAAGCCAAUCGGUAAUUCCCGUUUUAGAUAAGAACUUUAAAAAUCUUAAAGCAGGCGAGAAAAUCAGUAGUAAAAGUAUUUUGUUUCCGCGCUUAAACACUGUUAAGCAAAGUUUAUGCACUACAAAACAAGUCAAUAAAGAAAAUUGUUGUUCAAAUAUUUAUCCGGAAUUGCCAAAUUUUUUUUCUAUGAUAGAUGUUCGCGUUGGGAAAAUAGUGAAAGCUUGGGCCCACCCUGAAGCUGACAAACUUUUUUGUGAACUUAUUGAUGUUGGCGAAUCAGAGCCUCGCCCAGUGGCCUCCGGCCUCCGCGCCCAUUAUGAAAUAACCGAUUUAAUAGAUCGUUUUGUUCUUGUGGUGUGCAAUUUAAAGCCUAUGAAAAUGUUGGGGUUCCAGUCAUGUGGGAUGGUUUUGUGCGCCAAAAGUUUGGACGGCGCUCACGUUGAAUUUGUCGAUCCGCCGUCAGGUUGCGCCGUUGGUGAACGCGUUUAUAUUGAAGGCCAAUUAGGCCAGCCAUUGAGUUCCUCUCAAGUUCAAAAAAAGAAAAUUUGGGAAAAAGUUUUAUUUAAUUUAAAAACAGAUUCUGUUGGAAUUGCAUCUUAUUCUGGAUUGCCGUUGCUCACCUCUGCGGGGCCUGCACGUGUGCCUUCACUAUUAAAUUCUAUUAUUUGUUAGAUGGAUUUAUAAAAAACUCUGUUAAUCGAAAUAAAAUGGCUUACGUUUUUUUUUCUAAAGAU